UAUUUUUAUAUUAUUUCAUCUGUACUUCUGUACUUUUAUGUAAUUUCAUCUGUCCUUCUGUACUUUUAUAUAGUUUCAUCUGUACUUCUGUAUAAUUUCAUCUGUAUUCCUGUAUACUAUUAUCUGUACUUCUGUAUAAUUUUAUCUGUAUUUCUGUAUAAUAUCAUCUUUCUUUAUUAUUCCAUCUGUAUUUAUGUAUAUCAUCUGUACUUAUGUAUAAUGUCAUCUGUACUUAUGUAUAAUGUCGUCUGUACUUAUGUAUAA